GGAGGAGGACAGGCUCACGUGAGCAACUAUGGCCGGGCAGCGUUUUCUGGUACCCCGGCUCGAGGGCGUUUCGCAGGAGCAGUUCACCGAGCAUCUCUACCCGCAGGUGAGGUCCUCCCGCGGGGUUGAACCGCGAGAAGCCCACCACUCGAGCGGAUCCGAACCGGUUUCUUGCGACCCAUAGUGUAGGGAGGAGGCGACUCUCGGCUGAAGAUGGCUGGUUGCCUCUGCUACCAAACGAGAGGGCACGUGGGGGAUGCUGACCUGCUCAUCUCUUAAAUUUUCAAAAGAGAACCUCUCCACGGUUCUGGGAAGAAGGCUAACGACAGAGAGCUGGAGAAAACCUCUAGUGUUGGAAGGAAUUGAUUUGGGGGCAUGUACAAGCAAGUGGACAGUGGAUUACCUAAGCCAAGUUGGAGGAAGGAAAGAAGUGAAGAUUCAUGUUGCUGCUGUUGCCCAGAUGGACUUCAUUAGUAAGAACUUUGUGUAUAGAACUUUACCUUUCGACAAAUUGGUUCAGAGGGCAGCUGAAGAAAAGCAUAAGGAGUUCUUUAUUUCAGAGGAUGAGAAGUACUACCUACGAUCACUUGGGGAAGACCCUAGAAAGGAUGUUGCAGAUAUCAGAAAGCAGUUUCCUUUACUGGAAGGAGAUAUUAAGUUUCCAAAAUUCUUCAAAGAAGAACAGUUCUUUUCCAGUGUUUUUCGAAUUAGCUCACCAGGGUUACAACUUUGGACCCACUAUGAUGUAAUGGAUAACUUCUUAAUACAAGUGACGGGAAAAAAGCGUGUUGUACUCUUCAGUCCUCGAGAUGCUCAGUAUUUGUAUCUAUCAGGUUCUAAAUCAGAAGUACUGAACAUAGAUAACCCAGACUUAGCUAAAUAUCCACUAUUUUCCAAGGCCAGAUGGUAUGAAUGUUCCCUUAAAGCUGGAGAUGUAUUAUUCAUUCCUGCUUUAUGGUUUCAUAAUGUAGUUUCUGAAGAGUUUGGCGUGGGAGUGAAUGUCUUUUGGAAGCACCUUCCAUCUGAAUGUUAUGAUAAAACAGAUACCUAUGGAAACAAAGAUCCUACAGCAGCAUCAAGAGCUGCACAAAUUUUGGACAGAGCCUUAAAAACCCUGGGUGAAUUACCAGAGGAAUACAGAGACUUCUAUGCACGGCGAAUGGUAUUACAUAUUCAAGACAAAGCCUAUAGCAAAAACUUUGAAUAAAUAAUUAAGUGAAUGCAAUGAGUAUAAAUUUUUAAAUACAGAUCAGCUCAAAUAUUGAAAAAGUAUAACAAGAUAUAAAUUAUUUUUUAAAAGACGUCUUUAAAAUAGGAACAAUAAAUCAAUCUCAGAUUUAUAGAUUGAGUAAGUAUGAAGGCGUGUUUGUGUGGUUUCUACUUAAUACAGAUAUUAUGGUUGAAAAGAAUGCUGCAGUGGGACAACUCUUAAGCAAUCAGAUGCAAAUAGCUAAAAAUCCAACUUAAAAUGACCUAAACAAUAGGAAAAUGUAUUGAAUCAUUACAUGUGAAUCUACUGAUUUUCUGUUCCAGUGAUUCAGUGGGGACAUCAAGAACCUCUGGGCUUUUUUAUCCUGUCUUUUCAACCACAGCAUUGCUAGGGCUGUCUACCCUUGUGGUCAAGGGAUAAUUGCCAACAGCAGUUGGGGCCCUGUGCAUCUUCAUUUACAUGCAGUGGAGGAGUCUGGCAGGGUUCCAAGGGCCCUCUUAAUAUGCAAAAGCUUUCCCAGAAUUGGCCACCAGAUGCUUGAGUCUCAUUAAUUUAAAAUGGCUUACACCUUUCCAUCCCCAAGCCAGCCACUGGUAAAGGAUGUGGAGUAACUCUUAGGUCAGUUGGGUCUACUGGAGCUGGAUAGAAUCCACUUCUUUGAGACACAUGAAAUAUAUAUGGGGCAGAAUGCAUAAUUUUUAUAAUCAGAACCAAGAUAAGGAAAAAGUAACCAACAAUGUCUAUUACAUUAAUCUUUGGAGCUUUUAAAAAUAUCAUCGAUGUCUAGGCCCUAUGUUUUUAAACUCUGAUUCAGUAUGUUUGAGGUUUGGCCUAUGUAUCUAUUUACUAGAUCUCAGAUAUUGUUUUGAUGCAUAAUCAGUAUUGAGAACUGGAUUAGAUGAUAGUAAUUUGCACUAUUUUGUGAUUUGUCCAAAACAUGUUUAAUCCGAUCCUAGUUUUUCUUGGUACCAAGUAAAAGUCAGGCAUGCCCCUUUUUUACAGUUUUUGAAUGUCAGAAAAUGCUCAAAUCAGUUUUAAUUUAUACCUAUGGCUAAAUUUUACCCUAGGUUUCCCACCUAUCCCUUUUUAAAGAAAAAAUUUAAGAGCAAAUACAUGAGAGAGCCCAAUAAUGUCAUCAUUGAAGACAAUGAGCCCUUGUAUGUGGAUCUGUGCCAUUCUUUGUUUUGCACCUAGCAAUUAUAUUGCAAUGUCAAUGAAGAAAGAUCAGAUGUAUUUACUGGACACAAAUGUUCCCAUCUACAACAGUCUGAAUACAUUGAUUUUUGUGCAUUUUAAUAUAUGGAGAAUUUUCUCUAUUAAAAAUAAUUCAUCCACACAUACCCUGUUUGGAGUUGGAUUAAUUUCAGAUGUAAAAAGAAAACUACAACAAAUAAGGAAGGAAAAGUAUAUUAAAAAUUGUUUUCAACUUUCUAAGCAUCUUUGGGAAGAGAGAUAAAAGGUAAACAACAGUGAAAACAGUAAAUUUUUUUGUAUCUAAUUUUUAGAUUUUGCUCUUUGGUUAUUACAUAUGUUAAGCAAAGAAGUUUAACUUUGGUAAGAAAAACAAAAAACAAGAUGCCUGUUAGCCUGAACAAUAUUUAGUCACUUUUUACUAACCGCCCCUUUUUUUUAACAGUCAGUGCAAAAUAUGUAUGUACGUAGUCAUAUAGGAAACUAGGAAGUAAAAUGUAAUUUGCCUAAUAUUCAUUUUAAUUCAGUUUAUUUGGAAGGUAAACUGGAUGACCUUAGGUAAGUUAAAUAACUUAAUCUUUAAGAAGAUUAUUUUCCUCAUCUUUAAAAUAAAACUUGUACUUUAUAGGUUGCAACAAAAAUAAUGGAGAUAGCUUAAGGGCAGACAUAGUUGAUGGCUGGUGCUAGCGUCCAUUUAAUUAUAUUCCUCCUUUGUUGAAGUAUGAGGUAGUUCCUAUUGCAGUAUUAAAUUAUCUAGAAUGAGAAAGGUUUGGAAUUAUGGGUACAGUAUGAUGCCAUUUGUGUAAAACGUAUGCUGUAAGUAAACUUUUAUUUGUAUAGAAUUAUCUCUGCAAGGAUACAUAAGAAACCAGUGAUAGUGAUCGCCCAUGAGUUUAGACAAGUAGGUAGACAGACUGGAAUUUGCAAUUGUGUAUUUAAAAAAUUUUGCCUUGGUAUAUAUUAUUCUUUCAAAAUUUUAAAGUACAGGUCAAGAUUGUAAUUACAGACAUUAACAGUAUUUGUCUUGGUACAUAAUUACACUAAUUUUAUUCAGUAAUUUCAAACAUCACUCUAAACUGUAAUAUCAAAACAAGGGAAACAAGGUCAACAUGGCUUAUUUUCUCUUUCCAUUCUUUUGAACAGCAGCUAUGUGAACAUUUGGAAAGAUCCUUAGUAAUGAAGCUUUUCUCACCUAAGGUUGCCAACAGACAUUGAAGUUUAAUCUAAGAAGUUGACCGAAAAAAAUUUUUUAAUGCAGGAGGCAUCCACGGCAGACUUGUAGCAACGGACUUGGCAGGCCCUACUGCUGGUUUUUUAUGUGAAUGUGGAAAACAUCUUUUGGGAAAGCUCUCUGGAGCAAGGAGGUUUUCUGACUAAUAGCGAGUUCUUCCUAAAUUAUCUUUGUUUUCAUCCAUCGCUUAAACCUCUCAAUCAGAUUCACUGUGCUUCCAUUCUAAUUUUCUUGCUGUCUUUGGUUUUCCUCCAGAACUGGGCCUGUCCCUGUUAAAAUACUGACUGCUAGGCCCAACCCAGAGUUUCUGAUAUAGUAGGUCUGUCCUGGGAGCCUAGGUUCUCAGACGAUCCUGAGGCUGCUGAUCCUUGGGAACACAUUAUGAGAACCACUGCCUUAAAUGCUCAGGAAUUAAUCCCUGAAUUGCUGGGAAGCAGGGAUUUCAUCUACUUUGCUAUCAAGAGAGGCCAUGGGCUCUUUUUCUAAAAUGUUUGCUUGCCAGUACAAUCCUCAUUGUGGCUAAAGGAUCAGGGUGAGAAGGACCUGAAUGGCCAGGGGGUGGGGUGCGGGGGAAGGGAUCAGAGCAGGAAAAAAUAUCCCUGUGUCCUUGGAAACAUCUUGGGAAAUAAGAUAGCAGGGAUAUACAGAAUUAGGAAAUAAUAGAUGAAGUGUUGAGACGGGUGAGAAAUGUGACUUGGGUUAAGAUAUUGGAAGAAAAGGUAUAGAAUUCAGAAAAUGGUGGCUGGCUGAAGCAUUGGUCGAAGUAAAGUUAAGAGGGCUUUCUGUCCCAGCCCAGGACCCUCUUCUGAUUUAUGAAAUCUUAGGGAUGUGUGAAUGAGAGACUAACAGAAUGUAAGGAAUUUGUUUGGGUCCAGGCCUCCCAAGUAGGGAAUGCAGAAACUUUUUUAAGAACAGCUUUACUGAGGUAUAACAGGCAUACGAUAAUCAGGGAAUAUUUUAAGUGUACAAUUUGAUAAAUUUUGUCAUAUACAUACAACUGUGAAACCAUCACAAUGAAAAUAAUGAACACAUCCAGGAACCCUGAAAGUUUCCUUCUUCCCAUGGUAAUCCCUCCUUUUCCUCCCACAGCCCCCAACCAUUGUUUUGCUUUGUUACUAUAGAUUAGUUAGCAUUUCCUAGAGAUUUAUUUAAAUGGAAUUAAACGGAGUGCACUUUUUUUUUAGACUCAGACUUUUUUCACUGAGCAUUAUUAUUUUGAGAUGUGUCUAUAUUGCUGUGUGUAUCAACAGCCCACUCCUUUUUGAUGCUGAAUACUAUUCCAUUGGAUGUAUAUACACCACAGUUUGUUUACACAUUCACUAGUUGAUGGGCAUUUUUAUUUACAGUUUUUUCACUAUUAUAAAUCUGCUUUAACAUUAGGGAAAAAAAUGCAGGAAGUAGGGAUCUAUGUCUGGAUGGAGUUGGAACUGUGCUGCUGUGACUAAUUCCCCAAGUGCUAAAACACAGAUGUAGUCAGGAGGAACUAACAUAGAUUGGCAUUCACCCAUGUAUCUGGAUUACCUUACAGUUGUUUUAAGCAUUUGGGCCAUUGGAGUUUGAGUGUUAUGUUCUAUUUUUUUUAAGUUCCAUUAAAUUGGAUACAAAAUGAUCAUCCUAAGUGACUCUGCCUGCCUCUAGCACUAAGAGCUGCUUGGCCUCUCUGUCCUUGCAAAGAACCUGAAUUUACAGAGGAGGUCUAUUUACACAUAUAUCUUAUAUUCUAAAGCAUGUUUCUCUAAAAGCCCUUGAAUAAUACCUUUUGUUUCAUAUUUUACCUCUUAAUCCUUACUUCAUUAAACAUUUCCAUACUCAUAUGCUGUUUUGUCUGUACUAUUUCCUCAGAGCCCAGACCUUCCUUGCCCUUGGUUGUGGCUUAGAUAUUGCAUGAAUGAAAUGAAAAACAGAUCACUAUAUUCUAACCAAGUCUCUUGAUGACAGCUAAAGGAAUACAGAUACCUGGGAUGAUUAGAACAGAAAAGGAUGAACUUAUUUUUGAGAGAUUUUGUUCUGCAGGAAAUCUAACAGGAGGAAAGAAUGCUAAUUUUGUGGAACAAUUUAAAGAAGAGAUGUAUUUUUACAGGAAAGUUUCAAAGUUGCUUGUAUGAAAAAACAUGUAGGUUAAUGACAACAUACACAAGCCCAAACUGGCAAAGCAGAGAAAAAUAGCUUCCUUCUAAAUAACUAUCUAAAGUUUUAACAGAUCUAGUAACAUACAGCACAUUCAAACAGACUUCUCUGUAUUAAAUUUAACUGUACAUUCAUACUAUGGCAGCAACAACUUUCCCAUUAUUUGAAUGACUACUUUUCUCAGUUGACUCUUCCACGACAUAAACACAAAGGCACAAUCCAAAAGGAUACACUAACAUUUGUAACAGUUUUAAAUAAAUGUGGAGAAACAACAAAUUUUAAGUAUUAAAAUAUCUGAAUAUGGAUGAACUUGAAUAUAUUUUCAUUCGACACUUUUUUUUUCAUUCAGUGUUUCAGUACUAUCUCAUUUUGAUGCACUGGCAGCUCCAGGUGUCCCAGUGAGUUAUUAUGUAUAUUCACUCAACAUAUAACAAUUAUAAUUAAGCAUUCACAUGACCAGAUAGCUACAGGGCCAGAUUUUUUAAUGUCUCAGAUUUUUAAGUGAACACUCCUGCUCAAAGUCAUAUUUUUUCCAUUUUAGUUAAUCCUGUAAAAAUAGAUGCAUUUCCUUCCUCAUUAAA